AUGAAUCGGCACAUCACCCCAAGUCCCUCAUCUACCGCUGUAUCACUGACAGACUCUCGAGAUGGCUCGACACGCCGUCGUAAUACCCUGGACACCUCUGCACAGGCUGCUGAGAUAGACUAUCUGAAGAGGCAGCUGCAAUCUUUAGCACGGGCUAAAGCUAAGGCCAGCAAGAAGUCUGAUGAUUUGUUCCGUGAAAUUUCUUCCUGGUCGGAAAAGUUUGAGAAGGAAAAGGCUAGAAGGACGCAAAGCGAGGAAAAGUUGUCGAAAGAACGCCGUGUAGUCAUUGGGCUCAAAAAGGAAAUGAAUGAGCUGAAAGACAAGACUAACAAGGAGGUGAGGGAGGCUAAGUCUCGUCUUGAGAAUGAGAGGAAGAAGUGGAUGGGACAGGGGAUAUUUACUAAUACGAAGCCUAAGGGUGUCGUCCAAACCAGCGCCUCCAACCUACAAGGCCGCAUCAAGUAUUUGGAAGAAGAAAAUGCUCGGCUGGAAUCGCUAACCAAAUCCCACGAUUACGAUGAGCUUUACGGGGAGGCCCAGCAACAAAUUGAUGAUGCUAUGGCCCUCCUGCGAACUACAGAAGCUGAGCUCGAGGAGCUGCGCUAUCUUGAGACCGCUGAUGAAGAGCUUACGGAGCAGCACUACCUUGAUACAUUAAAGAUCGAGGAACUCUCCGAUGAGCUACGUUGUUGCAAAGCCACAGUCGAGAAACUCGAAGACGAAAUCGCUGCUGCUGAUGAGCAGCGGAGCGUGGAAUCGCCCACAUCUUCCAACUCUAAUAUCCCCGAUAUCUCACCCGGUGCGUUCUCCACGCCCACCGCACCUUUGGUUGACACUGCAGAAACUGAUUACCUUAGACAGUCUCUCGGCGAUCUAGAAAUUGAAAACCAAAAGAUCAUCUGUGCAUUCGCCAAGCUCUCCCACGAGCACUGCGAUACAAUGGUCGAACUAGACAAGCUUUCGGAACAGAUAUUCACGCUGCACGAAGCAAACCUCGACCUGGAGGCUCGAAAUGACGCGCUAGAAUCCCAACUUGACACCGCUGUUCAGAUCCUCCGCGCUACAAUCGAAGAGACCGGGCAGGACCCUCCAGCCCACAACCGCACUUACACUACCUUGUCAGACUCAGACUUCGUCGAGGACCUCCCUACACCGGAGCCCAAUUCCCGCACACCCGUCACUAUUCGCUUAUUCGAAAAACGUGACUGGCCCCUGCUGUACCAUGUCCAACGUACACUCUUCCGUACUUCGCCCUUGCAGAUCGACGGCCCUUCGGUUCUCGUGCGCGAGUUCGUGAAGCUGAUGCAAGGUGAAGAUGCUGAGUUUCAGGAGAUGAAGGGGCGAGUGGAGAAGUUGGAGCGGGCAUUUGAGGUGGGUGUUCAGGAGAUGAAGGCGUUGAAGCAGGGUAAGUAA